AUGGUAGUGUCUUCUGUGCCGUUGGAGGAAGAGGUGGUGGUUGUGGUGGCUGUUGUAGGAGGCUGUUGCAGGUGGCUGAUCUGUGACUUGACCUUGGCAAGCUCAGCUUGGGGGAAGGAAAAUGUGAGUGAGGCUGUCCAGAUAUUGGGGAUGGAAUUGGUGACCAAAAAGGUAGUUUUUCCCCGUUUAGGGAAAGUAGUUUCUUUGAGUAUGUGGAAGGAAAUAGUUAGUAGCAGUGGGUUUGGGCUUUCAGACGAGGCACCACAGACCCUAUUGAAGUCGCGAAGUAGUGAAUCAUCCCCUUCCAACAUGAUGAGUCAUGAUCAUGAUCUUCAUGAUCAGCGCCGUCCAUUUGAAACCGUAGUAGGUGAUGGUACUGGUGGCUCCAAGCCCAUGACUAUGAGCCCUAUAUACCAUUAUGCUGAUGCUUCUACUACUAGUACUGGCGCUGUUGCAAGGACUGUGCAGCCUUUGCACACCACUUCCACUGCUAUUUCAACCCACUCCCCUUACAAAUCCCCAGCAGAUAUGGCGGCAACUUUGGGGUAUGCUUUUACAGCAGCACAGUGGAAGGAGCUUGAAAGGCAAUCAACGAUCUACGAGUACAUGUCGGCCUCUGUUCCUCUGCCUCCUCAUCUACUCUCACCCAACAUUACCGGGAAUAUCUCUCCGUACUCUCACUCAAGCUUACUGGGUGGUGUUUCAAAUUUCAAUCUGAUAUUUGGGGAUAAUAAGGAUCUAGAGCCAGGAAGAUGCAGGAGGACAGAUGGGAAAAAAUGGAGGUGCUCCAAAGAUGUAGCGCCUAGAGCGAAAUACUGCGAUCGUCACAUGCACAGAAGCAAGCCCCGUUCAAGAAAGCAUGUGGAAGUAGCUCAUAUCGUCCCUUACAACAACAACCAGGACAAUAAAAAUAUCCUCACCACCACCACCACCACCACCACCUCCGCCACCACCAACAACAACAACAACAAGAAGACUCGCCUGAAUCCCACAACCCCUCCACUCCUGCCUAAGCCUCCCAUGGUUCACACCAAAAUUUCCCCACCUCAGCCUCAGCUUCAGCUCCUCGGAUCCACCAUUCAACCAAAUGACACCCCUCGCUUUUUCGAUGAGAGUUUGUCUGCUUCCUCUUCCAAGGAAUCAAGCAGGGGGUUGGAUUGGAUGCUGGAGGGUGAGAUGGUGAGAAUGGGUAAGUGCUCAAUUUUCAACACUAGUGCCAAUGCUUUCCAGCCAGUUUACAGCGAUGAGCUUACCUAUCAAAACAAUGAGCCUCUGAGUUUGUUUCCUUUUCCAAAUUUUGGAAAACCUGGACCAUCCCAGAGAAACAAUGACUCUUCUUUGUUUCUCCAUCCCGAUCCCAUUUUGUCCUUACAAAAUAAGGCCCAAACAGAUCCCCCAAGAGCUUUCAUUGACGCCUGGUCAAAUGACAACUCAAACACGAACACCAACAACACAAACCACUACUCUGUUUCUUCAGGCAACAUCUCGCCUUCUGCUCUCACUCUGUCCAUGGCCAUGGGAGCCGGCAACCUAACGCCCUUUUCUCUCACUCUGUCGAACGCCAUGGGAGCCGGCAACGCCGUGGACAAGGAAUUGGGUAAGAUCCAGAUGGCCUUGGGAGCUCCGGAUUUGCAACACAACUAUCAAAUUGGAGGCAGUGUCAAACAGCCCCAAAUGUCAAGCUGGUUGAAUCCUCUGCCUUGGGAGGCUUCCACACCGGGAGGACCACUCGCCGAGGCCUUGCCCAUCUCGCUCACCAUUGGUGGCCGGAGCCCAGCCUCUCCCUAUGCAUCUAAUGGCGAUUCAAUUGGUAUUCCGGCGACCACUGUUUCAUCCCCAUCUGGGAUUCUUCACAGGACAAUGCUAUCGUUUUCUGAUAGCAGUGGCUGCAACAGCCCAACCCUUGCACCUCCAUCUGCACCGCCUGAGUUCAUCAAUUUCCAGUGGUUGAACUAGACCAAUUUAGCAUCUUUGUUUUCAAGUUGUUUGUCACUCAGAUUUUGUUUGUUUUGGUUUGUUAACUUUGCACCUUUGUUUGUUGCUUUAUUAAUCUUCCUUGUGAAUCCAAACUAGUAAGCUACAGUAAUCUACUUUAAGAUUUAGUGCCCGUUUUUUCCCCUUAAAAAGUGCACUAUAUGUUUAAUUUUUUAAAUUCGCCAUGUUAUACUGUGUUAUUGUGUAUGCCCAGUCUGAUUGAAUUGGACAUGUUCAGUCAUAUCAUCGAUAUGGCAUGCUCGCUUGACCAGUAUCUACUUGA